AUGAUCAACUUUAAGAAUGGACAGCCUAGUGCUGAUCUUUUACCUACUCAACUCUUUUCUGAAGCAGCACAAAAGGCGUUAAGUGCACCUCAUGCUGCAGUGGAUAUGUUGCAAUAUGGUCAUGAACUUGGACAUCCUGAAUUUUUACGUAAUUUAGCUACUUUCUUAACAAACGCAUAUCAUUCUCCUGUGUACAGUCAACAUUUAUGCGCUACAGCAGGUGCAUCCCUUUCACUUCAACAUAUAUUAUCGAUAUUAACACGUCCAGAAACACACACACGUCAUGUGUAUCUACAAGACCCUACUUAUUUCCUAGUGUUUGAUAUCUUUCUUGAUGUAGGCUAUACACGGGAUCAAUGGGUGGGUAUACCAGAAGAAGGGGAUUCUGGUAUGCGCCUGGACCUAUUAGAAGAUCACCUUGCCAAACACUACCAGCCAAAUGAUUCAACCACCUUUAGUUCUGUGUUGUAUUGUGUCCCUACCCAUGCAAACCCUACAGGGUCUAUUUUGUCAGCUGAAAAGAGACAAAGACUAGUUGAGUUAGGCAAGAAAUACAACAUGCUGAUCAUUUGUGAUGAUGUGUAUGAUAUCUUGACUUUUGAAGGUGAUAUUCCUAAGCGUCUUGUUGCUUAUGAUCUAGAAAGUCAAGGAAAGAGUGUUGUGAUCAGUAAUGGUUCAUUUUCCAAGUUACUUGCACCAGGAGCAAGAGUAGGAUGGAUAGAAGCCAAUGAGCGCCUUAUCCAGCGUGUGGGUGCUUGGUAG